UUUUGUUAGAGAAUUAAAAGGUUGAAUCCACACCAUGGCAUCAUCCACCUGGUGAAACAACUCACUGAUGACACCUUGGUGGUGUCAUCCACAGUGAACACGUUAAAUCUGUAAUUUAAUAAUGUCAAAUGAUGAGGUGCUGGCCUGGAGUGCUCUGGGUCUGCUCUGGACAGUGAACCCCCAUCAUGAGGGAGUUAGUUGGAGGGUGGCGCAUGCAAAUACUUCACAAAAGAUGGAGAAAAGUAUAAAAAAAGGAGGCAGCCAUCACCUUGUCUAGGGGUGCAUCCACAGCAUCCUUUAUCCUUCCUCCUACGCUCGGACGUACAACAUCUAAAUUGUGAUGUCCUUUACACAAAAGAUUAUGGAUGGUACAGAACUUUGUUUAAUCUUGACAAAUGGAGAAUUAAUUUCAACACAGUCUACAUGAAUUUCUCAGUAAUGGGUCGCAGCGAUGCUCAUAUUAUGCUCUUGCCGAAUUUGAUACAGACAAGGCAAGAUGUUACGUACGAAGUGGUUAUUGGUGCGGCCUCUAACACAUAUUCUUCCUUGAGGAAAAGCCCAAAGCUCCCAAAGCAUCUGGAUGUUUCCACCCCCCAUAUCAUGAACGCAAACCACCCUGUCAAUUUUUGGAUAAAAAUUUCGGACGAGACGAUUACGGUCGGUAAAAAGGGGGAACCAGCAUUUAUAACGUACAAAGAGAAAAUGGUGAAACAAUUGAGUUUUGCUUCAUUUGGAGCUUAUACAGGAAUAACUUUAAUGUGGCAAUUCGGAUGUACAGAAAAUAAAACAAUUAUGGAAGAUGAAAUUGUGUCAGAUUUGGAAAGACUUAAGCAAGAUUUGUUCUUAGAAUAUGACCCUUAUGCAGUUCCAGUCGAUGACUCGACCUUAUUCGUUGAUACAAAACUUGACAUCUAUCAUGUCGAUUUGGAUACAAAGUCAUCAGUUUUGAGCACUCAUGCAGAACUUAAAAUGGAAUGGUUUGAUCAAAAACUUCUCUGGAAUGAAACUUAUUAUAAUGGACUAUCCCAUCUUUACUUAUACAUUCGCAAGAUCUGGCUGCCGGACGUAACAGUGCUAAACGCAGCCCAUGGGACGUUGACCGACUACAAUAAGUUUGACUCGCCUGUAAUUAAGAUAUUCAACAACGGAACUGUAAAGUGGUCUCCGAAGAUUAUUUUCAAGACCUGGUGUAAAUCCGAUAUAAGCGAUUGGCCCUGGGACACACAGAACUGCGAUAUCAACAUUGGAUUAUUGCAAGACUUUAACGCCGUUCGCUUUAGUUUGAGCGAGACACCAGAUGACUACAUCAACAUUCACGGGCAUGAAUGGAAAAUAGAAAAUGUAAUAGGCGAAUCAAUCUUAUUUAGGAAAGAAAUUGAAAAUGAAACAAUCUCUGCAAGUAAUGUUCUUAAAAUUCAGUUGAAAUUGGUGAGACAAGGAGAGUCUAUUCUCUACAUUUUUAUCUUGCCUACAAUCGUUUUAGUCACGAUAAUUCCAAGCCUGAUAUGCCUCCCGCCAUUGAGCAUUACAAAAUCCUAUUUGAUACUUUGCUCAAUUUUAGCACUUGUAUUAUUUUUACUAACUGAAGUUACAAUACUCCCUUCGUUGACGAGCAGCACGCCAAAAAUCAUUCAAUUGACAAGCAAAUUGUUGUUCUUACUAUGUCUGCAAAUGGCACUCAUACCUUUUAUAAAACAUUUAGCUGUUCUCACCACACAACCUCCAAGAUGGAUGACAAAUUACUUGAAACACAAACUAACAUCUUUAUUAUUACCAUCUACGAAUUUAAACGAACUGGAAAAUGUGCCAGAUGAGUCUUCCGAAGAGAAGAGCCAAAAUGUGGACUCUCAUUGGAAAAUGUUAGCCAUUCUUUUAGACAGACUCAUUCAGAUUGUAAUUGUAAUCAUCAUCAUCCCGAUUGAACUUUCUCUAACAAUCCAUUCUUAGAAUUACAUCGUGUUUUAAAACAUUCUGUUGUGCCAUAAAUGAAGUGAAGCAAACUUGAUAUCAAUUAAAAAUAAUAUUUUAGAAACAAUUAAUAUCAAUAUACAAAUGUAAUAUGUAUUCAUAAAAAGUUGACUUUGAAUAACUUGAUGUAAAAAUUUAUGAUUAUUUUAGUUAGUUGGUUGAUCUAAAAGUUGCUGAACAUUUGUCACUAGUUUAUGGUUAGGGAUGUUGGCCAUCCCAUCAAUAGUUUAUCAUCCCGGGAUGUUGUUUGAUUUUCAGCAGUUGGGUCUGUGAAUCUGUUGAAACAUUGACUUUAGAAGAA